AUGGGAUCCUGGUGGUUCGGAUUGUGGAAGAUCGCUGGUGCGAUCUGGAAUAUGGUCCUUGAUGUUACUCAGUUCUGGAGAGAGAAACUAUUAUCAUGGUGGCACUCCAAAUCCCCUCGAGAUCGACUCUUUCAUAAGCUAGCCAAUGCGCAGAGCUAUGAAGAGUGGGAAGAGGCGGCAUUUGAGCUUGACGAGCUACAAAGUAAAGAUCUAUGGCGCCAAAACCCCGUCAGUCGACACUACGACUACCGACUAAUUCUCGGUCGACUCGAAGCACUGAUGAGCGCGCGCGAGUCAGAAGAUGUCCUCACACUAGUGAACCUGCUCCGGUCCGGGCUAGUGCGAAAUCUGGGCAACAUAACCAGCACGAAGCUAUUCACGCACGCGUACGCAGGAACCAAGCUUCUAAUUGACGACUACAUCACGCAAGUAGCGCUAUCAAUCCAGUAUGUCACAUCCGUGCCAGGAGCACCGAUGCACCCGAGCGGGUUCAGCUCGCAAGCGAAGCUAGAGCUACUGCACGAUACGCGGCAGGCGUUUGGGCGGACGACACUGCUGCUGCAGGGCGGGUCUGCAUUCGGGCUGUGUCAUCUUGGUGUUGUGAAGGCGCUGCAUUUGCAGGGUCUAUUGCCGCGGAUUAUUACAGGCACGGCGACUGGAGCGAUGAUUGCCGCGCUUGUGGGGAUUCAUUCCGAGGAUGAGUUGCUGCCAUUGCUUGAUGGGGAGGGCAUUGAUCUUUCUGCUUUUGAGAGGCGGAAGAUGGUCAAUGGGGGGAGUGGGAGGAACUCUGAUUCGAGUUGGGUUGUGACGUUUUAUCGAAGGAUGAGGAGGGUGCUGAAGAAGGGGUAUUUGUUUGAUGUGGGUGUUUUGGAGGAAUGUGUUCGGGCGAAUGUUGGGGAUCUUACGUUUGAAGAGGCGUAUGCGAGGUCGAAGCGCAUUUUGAAUAUCACUGUUGCCACGACAGGGAAAAAUGGGACACCGAAUCUGUUGAAUUACUUGACUGCGCCGAACGUGCUCAUCUGGUCCGCUGCUGUAGCAUCCAACGCCUCUUCUUCCUCUGGCCUCUACUCACCUGUGACAAUCUACUGCAAAGACGAAACAGGCGCAAUAAUCCCAUGGCCACACACACAAGACGCAGUCUUCCGACCCUGGCGACACGUCCACUACAACGAAGGCGAAUCCCCCCUCUCACGAAUCUCGGAACUCUUCAACGUAAAUCACUUCAUCGUCUCCCAAGCCCGACCAUACCUAGUCCCAUUCCUUCGGUCAGAACUGAACCUCCUAGACCGACGCCAAACAGGCUGGAACAACCUCUCCCGCUCGGCAAUGCGACUAAUCAUCGUCGAACUGCGCCACCGACUCCGCCAACUCGACUACCUAGGCGUGCUACCCGCUCCACUGAGCAGACUCCUCAUCGAUGAGACAAUCCCGGGGCCAAACUUAACUUUGGUCCCAGACUUAUGUAUCUGGGAUCUGAGCAAACUGUUCCAGAGUCCGACGAAAGCCCGCGUCUCUGAGUGGGCGCUUAAGGGCGAGAGGGGAGUUUGGCCGGCGAUUAGUGCGCUGAAGGUUCGAGAGGCGGUUGAGAUUGAGCUUGAUAGGGGCUAUCAACUUGUCCGACGGCGUCGACCGAGUGAUGCUUCGCUUUCGGUCUCUGUGCCGAAGCAGGCUAAUGCUAUGAAUGAGGGAAUUCCCAGGCGUAGGAGGGGUGGAAGUGAGAACGAAGAGGGGAUUUUGGCUGACCGAGAAUGA